AUGGCACUUGCAGCGAUUCAAGCGUCAUACGACGAUGACGAUGAUAACAUCGACACAGUGACUAAGACAACGACACAUGAACAAGACGUCGAAGAUCAAAUGGCAGUUAUGAAUGAUCCAGCAUUUUCUGUUAUGUCGAAGAUCAAGCUUAACUUAACACCUGCCAUUGCUAUUCAGCCUGCCGAUACCAGUAGUUUUCUCGACAUCAAAGCGCGUGAAGUGCUGUACAAUCCGAAAUAUGAAGAUAUGUAUGCACCAGUCUUCGGCCCGGCAGAUCCUAAUUUAAGUCAACAGCAACGCGCCUUCAAGAACGUUCUAAACGGUUAUGCCGAAUCGACGACACUGAGUGAUUUUCAAUUCGAAAACCAACGUCGAACAUUCGAUAGUUUCGGUUAUGCUGUUGAUCCAACUGUCGGCGAACAUGCAACUCCACAAAUCAUUGGGAAUCAAACGAGUGCAGAAAUCAAUCAGGGCAUGACGAUAUUUGAAACGACAAAGAAACGCAUUGGCGAAAAGCGUAAAAAGGAGAAAAACUAUGAUUCGAGUGAUGUCGAAGGCUUUCAAGGUCCAUGGGCUCCAUUUGCUGAUGAAAUAACGGUGUCUCGCCCGCCAGAGGAAGAACAAAAAGAAAUCGAUGAAUAUUUAGCCAAGAGACGCAAAGCUAAACGACCAACAUUAGACGAAUUGAAUGCAGCACCAGCAGCACGCGAUCCAGAAUCAACUACAUUAAAUAAAGAACCCGAAGAUUCGUCAUCUACAACAUUACAUAUCAAGGAUCCGUACGAUUACCAAGGUCGAUCAUUUCUACACAUUCCACAAGAUGUUGGUGUCAAUCUACGUUCAGAACAUCCACCGCAACGAUGUUUCAUUCCCAAGCAAUGUAUUCAUACCUACAAAGGACAUACAAAAGCUAUACAAAAGAUUCAUUACUUUCCUGUUUCUGCUCACUUAUUUCUUACAUGUUCAAUGGAUUGCAAAGUCAAAUUAUGGGAAUUCUAUAACGAACGUCGAUGUGUUCGAACAUAUGCUGGACAUAGUCAGGCAGUGCGUGAUGUUAGUUUUAACUGCGCGGGAACAGAGUUUCUAUCAGCUUCGUAUGAUAAAACGGUUAAAUUAUGGGAUACAGAAACUGGUCAAGUGAAAAGUAAAUUUUCUGUACGAAAGAUACCUUACUGUGUAUCGUUCAAUCCAAGUGAAAAUAAACAACAUUUAUUUAUAUGUGGCAUGUCUGACAAGAAAAUCCUUUGUUUUGAUAUUCGUAGUGGACAUGUGGUGCAAGAAUAUGAUCGACAUUUGGGCGCGAUUAAUACCGUAACAUUUGUUGAUCGAAAUCGACGUAUUGUAUCGACAUCAGACGAUAAAAGUAUUCGUGUAUGGGAAUGGAAUAUUCCUGUUGAUUUCAAAUACAUUGCUGAACCAACCAUGCAUUCGAUGCCUGCUGUUGCACUUUCGCGCAAUGGUCGAUAUUUGGCAUUUCAAUCAAUGGAUAAUCAAAUUCGAAUUAUGGAGCCUUUGGCAAAUUUUCGAUGGAAAAGCAAGAAAGUAUUCAAAGGUCACAUGGUAUCCGGUUAUGCGUGUGGUUUGGAUUUUUCGCCUGAUAUGUCCUAUGUCAUCAGUGGUGAUGCAGAUGGACGUCUAGUUAUCUGGGAUUGGAAAACUACACGUGUAUAUGAACGUAUUAAAGCACAUGAUGAUGUUUGUAUUGAUGCUAAAUGGCAUUGGCAUGAGAAAUCCCGAGUUCUCACAGCGGGAUGGGACAAUGUUGUCAAAUUAUGGGAUUAA